AUGCUUCACAGGCAGACUUUCUACGCCGACUACGAGCAUUUCUGGUCUUUGCCGCAACCGGAGAAGGAUCGUGUGGACGCUUCAUUUGUCGCUCUCAUUUUCGUCAUGCUUGCCCUAGGUACGCAAUUCGUCACAAGCACUACGGCAAGAGAGAGGAAACAGACCGCAGAAUUCUAUGCAUCUGCCAGCAAUCAAGCUCUGCGUAUGAGCUCCUAUUUGAGCACUGCCAGUCUAAGGUCAAUCCAGGCCAUGGUGCUGAUUGUCUAUUUCCUGAUCAACGACAACCAUGCAUCUGAUGGGUGGGCUUUCGCUGGUAUUCUCAUGAGGCAAGCCUACGCCAUGGGUCUGCAUCGAGAUCCUAAUAUUGUCACACCUGAUGCUACCAUAUUUGAGAAGCAACAACGGCGGAAAGUCUGGCAGGCUGUCUUACACCAAGACACCUUCUUGACUGUUCUGUUGGCUCUUCCACCUAACGCAACGCACACAGAUGUCAAUGUGGACGACCUCAUGGACGACUCGUCCUCCAUCGCACACAGCAACCCGAUGGACACCGCCUAUAUCCGCGGUUCCUGGACGCUGGCGAAUCUGGUGCAGGAGACAAUAUGCAGUCCCCGCUGUCUUGAUCUCCCCAUUUGCGCAACGGCUCGCCACAAGUCUAAGCUUAUCGCUGACUUCCGCGCCGUGUACCGGUCAUUCCCCGAUACCUUCCGCAGCUGGGAUCCUGACACCAUCGCCACGAUGGCGCAGAAUAAUAAACGCGUCGUGCGCCAGACUCUCUUCCUGACGAGCAACUACUUCCACAACCUGAUGCUCGUCCACGCCUCAGAGGGCCCAGAUGUGCCCGUCAACGUAAGGGGGACGUUGGAAGCCGCACACGACGCCAUCAACUCGUUCUUCAUGCUCUACAACCUGUUUGAGCUGGAGGCACGGGUGUGGUGGGUGUUCAACCAUCGCGCGUUCCUCGAAGCGCUGUGUAUCGGCAGCGUCUUGCGCGAGGCCAUGAGGGAUCCCAAUACCGCAGACGUGAUGGCCAAGGAUCCGCUGUUCGUGAGGGCCAAGUCUGAUAUAACACGCAUGAUUGCAAUCUUGCACGCCAUGGGGGAUGGCGAGAACGGCUCAGAGGUGGCAAGGACGCGAGUCCAAGUGCUUAAUGAGUUCUUGUGA